AUGGUGAUGGACCACCUUCAGACAACCCCUGAUGAGGCACGCAAAAUCCUCGAGUCAAUGCACCAAAAGCAUCCGGACAAGUUCCACCCCAAAUAUGUCAUUUACGGAAGCCGUCAAGGGAAGAGCUUCUUCAAGUUUAUUGAUCACAGCAAACUCGAUGCCGGGAAGGCGAUCUUUGAUAAGGUGGCCGAGGUCCAAUUGUACAGUCUCCACCUGGACGGAGAGUUCAGUGCUAACGAGGUGGCCUACAUUGAAUACCAAGCAUUAAAGUCAAGCAAACGAAACUUGGAGCUGUUACCUAUCAAGGGACCUUCCGUAUGCCAAGAGGUCGCCCAGAUUGCGAGAAAAGUACCCCCCAAAACAGAACCUACAGCUUCACGAAGUCCGUCAGUAACUUCUACCACAAAAAAGGAAACUAAGACAGAAGCUGCUAAGCCGAAAUCGACGUUGACUUACACUUCACGCAAGCGACAGGCAGAGAAGCCAGCUGCAGAAAUCUCGCCGUCGUCUCGACCAAAAUUAGUCUACAAGUCUCGUAAAGAGGAGGCUAAAACGCCUAAGGAGCGAGUUAUUGUAUCGACUGACAACUCUAAAGAUGAGGCUGCUCGAGAAAAGGAUUCUGCCAAACUGCAGCAACAAUUAGCCGAUCUUCAGGCCAUUUUUGAUGAUGACGAUGACUUUUUGAAUGAAGCGGCUGAAGCGGAGCACAGUGACGGAGAAGUUGAGUCCACGAAGAUUAGCGAGGAGGUUGCGAAUGACAAAAUGCAAAUAGAUGAACCUAACGCCCAAGAGCGUACCCCUGAAGAAGCUACACCACAGGAACAGACGCCUCAACCCCAUGAGGAGGAUGACGGGGUCGAGCAUACCAUUGAUGAAGACGGAUAUUUGGUUCGAACGCAAAAACCUAAGAAGCCGGCUCCGCGUGUUACUAAACCUACACGGGUGGCGUCGAAAAUGGCGACGCCCACAAAGGGUAAAGGGAAAAAGAAGCAAAUGGAUGUUGCGAGUUUUUUCGGUAAAUAG